AUGGCGACAUUAUCUAUAUGGAUCGGACUUCCAUGUAGUUUCAGAUCAUCAGUCUCUCCAGAUGUGGAUCUUCGAGGCCGCCUUGCUCGUUGGCAAGAAUUCCUGCAGGAAAUGUCUAUUAAGAUCCGGUACAAGCAUGGAGGUGACAAUAAGGUGGCUGAUGUGUUAUUCAGGAUGGUAAAUUCUAUCUCGUUCGUGAAGCUAUCCAACGAUCUCUUGGAUGAGCUUAAGGAGUUUGCUGACUUCGACUCCUUUAUCACUGGUAUUCGCGCGAAGGUUUUGUUGAGGGACGCCUCUACAGAUUUAAAGGGUGACAAGUUUGCGUCAUUCGAAAUACGAGAUGGAAUCCUGGUGAAGAAGGGACGUGUUGUGGUUCCUUGUGUUGACAAACUCAUCAAACGGAUUUUGGUUGAGUGUCAUGAUGUUCCAAGUGCUGGGCAUCCGGGGGUAUUGAGAACGUAUAUGUUGGUGAAGAGGCAUUUCUUUUGGCCUGGGAUGAAGUCAGAUGUUGAGAAGCACAUGGCUCACUUCUUCCCUGUGAAGACAACGAUAAAAGCUUCUGAACUUGCUCAGUUGUUUGUAGACCGGUUAUUCAGUCUCUAUGGUUUGCCGGGUGACAUUGUGAGUGAUCGGGAUCCUAAGUUCACGUCCAAGUUUUGGCAAACGGUCUUUGAAAAACUAGAGACUAAACUGAGCAUGAGUAGUGGUGAGCAUCCACAAUCUGAUGGGCAGACAGAGCGCAUGAAUCAGCUAUUAGAAGAUAUGCUACGGUCUUUUGUGGGAAACUUGACUCGACAGGGAGUAUGGGAAAAAUACUUGCCUUUGCUUCAGUUUGCUCACAAUAGCGCUCAUCAAUCGGCUAUUGGCAUGUCUCCUUUUAUGGCGAUGUAUGGUUAUGAGCCUAGGUCUCCUCGUGUAGGGGAUCUUGCAUACACUUUGGACUUGCUAGUUAGUUCGAAGAUUCAUCCAACGUUCCAUGUGAGCAAGCUUAAAGCGUGUUUGCACUCUGGUGAUAUCGUGGAUCAGUCCAUCAUCCAGGUUCCAGAGAUUGAUGCAGAGAAGGCUGGUCCGGCCAAUAUUCUUGCUCACAUUGCUUCUCAUGCUUUGUAG